AUGAACGAAAGCGCGGUCUAUCUGCUCGGUCGGACCUUCUACACGGCCAGCUAUCCACCUCAGAACACCAGCUACGACGAGCUCUGGCAUUUGGCUACCGAUCGGGCUGGUCUGGCUAUAAUUCUGUUCCUCUUCUCAGUGGCCACGGUAUUUGGUAACAUGCUGGUGAUCCUGGCAGUGGUACGCGAAAGGUAUCUUCACACAGCGACGAAUUACUUCAUCACAUCACUGGCGUUCGCCGAUUGUCUAGUGGGUUUAGUCGUGAUGCCGUUCAGCGCGAUCUACGAGGUGCUGGAGAACCGUUGGCUGUUCACGCACGAUUGGUGCGACGUGUGGCGUUCAUUGGACGUCUUGUUCUCCACUGCGUCGAUCCUGAACCUCUGCGUGAUCAGUCUGGAUCGUUACUGGGCGGUCACAGAUCCGUUCACCUAUCCACGAAAAAUGACCAGGAGACGAGCAGCGAUUCUGAUCGCGAUCGUGUGGAUCUGCUCGAGCGCGAUCUCCUUCCCAGCGAUCGCCUGGUGGCGAGCAGUAAGAACAGAGGAGGUUCCCGAGGACAAGUGUCCGUUUACAGAGCAUCUCGGCUACCUGAUAUUCUCCUCGACGAUCAGCUUCUACGUACCAUUGUUCGUGAUGGUGUUCACGUAUUACAAGAUCUACAGGGCGGCCGUGAUCCAAACGAGGAGCCUGAAACUCGGCACGAAGCAAGUUAUAAUGGCCUCCGGCGAGCUCGAGCUCACGCUAAGGAUGCACCGCGGCGGUGGGACGAACACGGACGCCAGACACCUGUUCCGUACCGCGUCGAGCACACCGGAGGAUCUACAGGAUCUCGAGGAACCGUUGACCGCGAUGCACAAUAAUUGUCUGACCAGGCUGCCCUCGACCAGGAUCAAUAAGCAGCAUCUGGGAAAGAAUUUCUCCUUGUCCCGUAAACUGGCCAAGUUCGCCAAGGAGAAAAAGGCGGCGAAAACUUUGGGGAUCGUGAUGGGCGUUUUCAUCGUUUGCUGGUUACCGUUCUUCGUGGUGAAUCUAUGGUCUGGCUUCUGCUCACAGUGUAUAUGGCAGGAGGAGAUCGUAUUCGCGGCUGUCACGUGGCUAGGCUGGAUCAACAGCGGGAUGAAUCCGGUGAUAUACGCUUGUUGGAGCAGAGAUUUCCGAAGAGCUUUCACGAGGAUCCUGUGCGGCUGCUGCCCGAGACGGAUGAGACGGCGAUAUCAGCCGGCAUUCAGAUGUAAACCAAGUCAAAGAUUCGCCUCCGGAAGAUACUAUUCCGCGUACUCGAUCCACCACGUGCGAGGAAGCCAAGAGAGUUCGUGCGAGCAAACCUACAUUUAA